AUGAAAAAGAACCACAUAAAAAAAGGAGAUAAUAAAUUUGAACAGAAUAACAAUGAGGUUAAUAAUAAUAUAAGCGAAAAAAAAAGGAAUAGCCAUGUUAAUAACAAUAUAGUAAUAGAUAAUGAAGAGAAAAGUAAUAUUAAUGAUAAAUUAUUGGCAAUAGAAAAAAAUAAUAUAUGUGAUAGAAGAUCGUAUUCAGAUGUUUCUGAAAGGAGAGAAAAUGAGAAGAAUGAAAUAUCUAUAAUAAGAACAAGAAGCAGAACAAUAGAUCAUAUGCAAACAGAGAAUACAUAUUUAGAAAGUGAGAUAUAUUAUAAAAAUGAAUUCUUAUUAAAUUUACCAAAUGAAAGAAAUAUAUCAAAAGAUAAAUGUUUUUUAAAAAAAAUUAAUAAUAUAAAUAAUAAUAAAAAAGAAGUUAAAAUAAAUAAUAAAAGAAAAAGUAUUACAAAAAGUUAUGAAAAUAAUAAUAAUAAAAAUAAUAAAAAUAAUAAAAAUGAUUAUACACAUAAAAAAGAAAAAUAUAUAUUCAAUACUUGUGAAAUUAAUUCAAUAAAAGUAAAUAAUAAUAUAUAUAUAUGUCAGUUUAAAGAUAAGUUAAAUAAAAUACAUAAACAUUUCUUUCCAAUAUAUAAAUAUGGAGAUGCAAGCACAGCAAAAAAUAGAGCACAUAUGUUACAGUUACAUGUGUGUUCCUGUAUAUAUUGUCAGAAUGGUAUUUUAUGCAAUUUUGUUGAAUAUUAUAUGUUAUAA